AUGGCAUUUCUCGCGUCGAGCGAUGUGCUGAACUCCCUGUGGAAGCAAAGUAAAGUCCCAUCGCUGGAUGGCAUACGAGCGAUCAGCUGUAUUUGGGUGAGCUUCUCCCAUGCGUUCUUCCUCUGGCAAAUGUCGGCCAUGUCAGUUCCAGGGACAUUGCGGCUAUUCUUUACAUCGUGGUGGCCAGUAGCAGUGCCGAUGAACGGAGAUCUGGGAGUAGAUUUCUUCCUUUUACUUUCGGGUUACCUCAUUGGCAGCUCGGUUUUCGAGGAAAUCAGGCAUACUGCGUCCUUCAACUGGGUGCCAUUCCUGAUUCGCAGAGUUUUCCGUAUCGCGCCCGUGUUCUACAUGGCAGUCUUUCUAGCGAUUGCUACACAGGGACUUGCGGCCUGUCGGUUCGCCUUCUGGAAGAAGCUGAUGUUCAUAGAGAACAUGACUGUCAACCUACAGGACGAGGGGCAAUGUGCCCCACAAUCUUGGAGCGUUGGCCUUGAGAUGCAGCUUUACUUGGUCACUCCGCUACUCAUGAUGCUUGCAUUUCGCUUACGACGGCAGUGCGAGUUUGCGUGGGCGGUUAUCGGUAUCUGUGGUUGCAUGUGGGUCGCAUGCUGUGUAGCUCGACUUUCCGCCCUGCCUGCAGUGGUUGCCAUGAGAGGAAGCGUGUGGUACACAGGGACGCAGUAUCGAUGUGCCCCGUAUGUCAUCGGAGUGGCAGUAUCUGUGCUCUGCCAUGGGACAUCCUCCCACGAAAGAUCCGCAUCCAGUGCUUUUCAGAGGAUCUUGGCUCUGGCAUCUUGCGCCAUUCUUGCGGAUUGCGCGUACUUUGGAGGUGGUGGACCUUUGCUGGGCUUCGAGAGCCCCAUGGCGAGAUGGCCCUUCAGCCGAGAAGCUGUAAAGCUGCACUUCGUUUUGGGACGUCCGCUCGUCGGCGCUGCGGCAGGGUACCUUCUGUGGAGGAGUCUCAGUGGCCAUGAGCCGUACUUGAACAAGGUGCUUUCUUGGCCAAUCUGGCGUCCCCUUGCGCGCCUGAGCUACUCCGCGUACAUGUUGCAGGUUGUGAGCUUUGCCGUGGCACCCUGGCUCUUAUCUCCACUCGCUGAUGCUACGAGCAAGCCUGCAAAAACACUUGCAUCUCUCUCGCAGCCAGCUAUGACCGGCAUUUGCUAUGCAUGGGCGGUGCUAUAUACACUGUUUGCCUUCGCUCUGGCACUGGUCAGCUACGUCUCCGGUGGCGGAGAGCUCGCACUUGAGCUCCGGGCUUCUUUCGGCCUCCUCGGGGCGGAUUCCGCUUACCAAGACCCCGACUCUGACUUCGGCGUCGGGGACGAGUCGCUCUUUGUGGUGCCGGCAGCAGAGAGUGGCUUGGAUCGGCUUGCUGCACGGCCCAAGUCUCCGACUCUGCCGCGCAGGGAGCUCGCCCAAGCUUCGGCAGCUACUGCCCCGGGACAUGCGGUUUCAUCCGCGCCGGUGAGCCUCCUGGACAAGUUCAAUGCGCAGGCGCGCCAGAUCCAAGCCAUGGAAAAACGCCUGGCGUCGUUGCAGGAGGAGGUCGUCAGGCUCCGAAGCGCCUCCGUCGCGCAGUCGGCCCUCUCCGAGGACUUGAAGAAAGGGCUUCAGUCCGAAUCGGGGGAACGCUUGCGACUGCGAGACGUGUUGCACGACCUCCUCCGGAUCACCGAGAGCUUGUCUGAAGGCGUCCAGUUCAGGAGGCACGUCCUCCUGGAAGAGGACAUGGAGCUGUUGUCGGCAAAACUCGAAGACCGGCAGCCUGUGACGACGGCGUCCCCCCAGGUUACAGUGCUUCGUUUGGCUGCGGCGGGUGAUGUGGCUGAGCUGGAACAGGCGCUGGAGGAUAUGGACGGGGCCAGUGUCAACGGAAGCAGCUGCCGCGGGAAGACCCCGCUGAUGUAUGCGGCAUCCUCUGGUCGCGCAGAGGCAGUCGCCUCCCUUCUUAGCCGCCGCGCCAGCGUCGGUGCCGUCGAUGUUUUCGGACGCGGGGCGAUGCACUUCGCGGCAGCAAGGCAGGCCGUUUUAGCCUUUUCUGACCAUCCUUCCAUGAGAGAUGCGAGUUCAGAAAAUAGGUUAGGGUUUAGGGUUUAG